CCAACACUCUUCACCGGAGAAGAGUUUGCGCGUUUUCAACAAUAAAACGUUCAACAACUCGACUCAGUUUGUGUUUAGUUUUUGUUAUGGCAUCAUUAAUUACCACGUGAGCCUGGUUUGCCCGAAAAUGCGCCGGAUUUUCCUCUUUUGCUUUCUCCUGAUGGAAGGCCACUCCUUCCCUCGCGAUCUAUAUGCAGGUUCCAAGUGUCACAACUCCAACACCGCUGGCCAGUGUGUCACCAUCACAAACUGCUCCCCGGCCCUAGAAGCGGUCAAAGAGCAAGGCUCCCACAACCUUAAACGUUGCGGAUUUGAGGGAUUCACCGAAAUCGUGUGUUGCCCCAACGACUUGCGCCACGCGACAAGCGAAAAACCCCCGAAGGACGACGCCACCGACGAUGAGAAAAAACCCGAAAUAAGGGGCCCAGACAUUGGCAGAAAAAGCCAAAAAGCGUGCGACAAAUACUCAAAAAAUGUACCAAUUGCCCUCUCCUACCACAUAGUAGGCGGCGAAAAUGCCGAAAAGGGGGAAUUCCCCCACAUGGCAGCUUUGGGGUUUUAUGUCAAGGAGGAUAAAGUGUACCGGUUUGAUUGCGGGGGCACUUUAAUAUCGAAUUACUACAUUGUGACAGCGGCGCAUUGUAUUAUUACGGUGCAAGGCAAUGAAUUGAAGAUUGCAAGAUUGGGGGUUAUUGAAAUUCCGGACUCGAUACAGGAACCAGACUCGAAACUUGACUAUAAUGUCGUCAAUGUUACGGUUCAUAAAGAGUAUAAGUGGAAGGAGAAGUUUAACGAUAUUGCGUUAGUGAAAUUAGAGAGGAAAGUCACUUUUACUGAAGGCAUCAGACCUGCGUGUUUAUAUACGAGAUCGGACGAUCCCGAAAGAUUGUUUGUUACAGGCUGGGGCUCGGUCAGUUUAGGUGGAGAGAGAAGUACAAUUCUACAGAAGGCGAUCCUCAGCCCAGUCCCCGUCCAAGAAUGCAACAGCACAUACGUGAACAGAACUAACAGAAAAAUAAUCACAACACAAAUUUGUGCCUCUGAUAGCAGAAGUGAUGCCUGUCAGGGUGACUCAGGAGGGCCUCUACAAACCCAGGGCAAUAGAAGUCUCUGGACUAUUGUUGGAGUCACCUCGUAUGGAAUUGGUUGUGGUAGCAGAUACCCAGGGAUUUAUACAAGAAUUAGCAGCUACGUGGACUGGAUUGAGGAGAAAGUUUGGCCAUAAAACAACGACUUGUGCCAGUAAUUGACACUAUUGUGAUAUUUAAUACAGACGACUUGAACAGAUUUUUACAAAUGAGUCCGACCCAGACGUUCAGGCACCUGUAUUUGCCAUUUUUAUCCUGAAAUAGUAAUUUUCUAAGCUAUA